CAGUGCGGAAGAAGGGAGGGCUUCAUUGAGAGAAAGAGGUCGGUUAAGUCUGACUGUUUGAGGAACUACUUUGAUGCCUUAUCAUUGAAAUGAAGACUUAAUGCAUAUUUUGAAGGCAUAUUUUAUACAUGGUUGGAUGUAUCUUAAGAGAUAUGUUGCUCCCUAGGCUUUGUCUGAUGCUGGUUGUUCUCCAUGCUGAGGAGACUGUGGCCUCAGUGUCCUUCUCUAUCCUGGUUCCUGGUGAGAAGAUCCUGGCCUCACCUGGAGACACCAUAACUUUGCCCUGUUCAGUCUCUCCUCCGUUUCACCCAAGCGAGGUACGCUGGUAUCGCCCGGACAAAUAUGACACCCCAAUUCUGCUCUACAAGAAGCUUCAGGUUGAGGAACAAGAGGCUGCUGACACUCAGUACACAGGCAGGGCAUCUCUAUUUGGGGCACUUGAGGAGGGGAACGCUUCCCUGAAACUGGAUAAUCUCUCUGCGUCAGACAGUGGAGAGUAUGUGUGCUACAUACAACAUGAUAGUUGGUAUGAAAGGGGACGUGUGCUGACAGAGGUUAGAGUUCUAGGCUCUGUCCCACUCAUAUCCAUCACUGAUAGAGGCAAUGGGCAGGUGAAUGUUACCUGUGUUUCAGAGGGUUGGUCUCCACAGCCCACUUUCACCUGGAGAAACAGAAAAGGAAUUGAGAUUAAAAAAGGCCUUAACAAGGUUCAUUCAAAGGAUGACCAGGGCUUGACGACAGUGAGCUCCUGGAUGCUCGUCUCACCCUCGGAUUCAGACGGACUCUUCUGCUCUGUGGGUCUGCCUGAUCAGGAGAUGAUGGAGAGCAGGGUGGCUCUGCACCUCUCAAGAGAGCAGACAUGCACCCCAACAGGAGCUUGGAAAGAUGUUGUCAUUGCUAUUCUAGCAUUGUGUCUCUUGGGGGUUGGCAUAUAUCAUCUACACAAAAAAGGUUUUAUUAAAUGGCUUCUAUCUCAGAAGAACAGUAACAGAGAAGAAGCCACGGAUGAAGAAAUCGUUAAAUUCGGACAAGAGGAGCAGAUGGAACAUAGAGCAAACUCAAACUCAUGCACAGAACCUACAAACUCUAAAGAGUUAAGUGAAGGCACAACUGAGGAAAUUCAUUCAGAGAAACCUCCAGAGAAACCUAAAGGGGAAGACAAAGAGACAAACACAGAAGUAGAUGUCUCACAAACACCAGAAUGGGACGAGGCGAAGCAACACAAAGUACUAAAACUAAUUGUGGACGAAAAAACUGUCCCUCCUUCACUGACAGUGAAAGGAAAGGGUGCGACGGUGUACUGUCCUCAACCAGAGAAAAUACAUGGCCAUGACAAUUACUUCCCUCAUGUUUUGUGUACGGGACCACUAAGCUCAGGGCGGCACUACUGGGAGGUGGAAAUGAAGAAGCCAGACAAACAGUCCUGGUAUGUAGGGGUGUGCAGCACCACAGCAGCAAAGUUGACACCCAGAGUCCCUAUAACCCCAGAGAACGGCUUUUGGGUGCUGCAUUAUGAAAAGGGAACAGGACUAUUUGCCAACACAAAACCACCUCUUCUUGUGCCUACAGUAAAGCAGCUCUGCAAACUUGGGGUGUACUUAAACUCCAGUAAAAAGGGCAUUCACACUAUGUCAUUUUUUAAUGCUGAGAACGGAUGGCCCUUGUGUUCCUUUAAGUAUUUCAAAGAGUCAGGUGGGCUGACACCUGUUCUAAGUCCCGGACUAAGAGACAAAUAUCCUCUCACUGUAUGCUAGGGGAAAUAGACUUUGUUUCUUAAUUACUCCUACAUGAACUAGUAUCACUGUUAACCAUUAACAUUGGAUUUGUGAUCAACACACUAGUAGGCCUGCUGUAUAAUUUUUCAUUUUGUGCAACUUUUUGAAUUUCACUAUAUUGUGCUGCUGAUAUAGUCAAAGCUCUGACUGGCAUUUUCUAAUGUUCACCCUGAGCAAGAGUCAAGGCACUCAGUGAAAGGUGGUAGACCUGUAUUCUAAACAAAGACAUGACAAAAAAUGACAGAGGGCGAAGAAGGGGAGGUAGACACAGAUAGUUCCUAACAGAUAAUUAAUGCCUUUGUUAGGAUUGUAUUGGCCUGAAAAUUAUUAACCAUUGUUUAGUAGUUUCAUUUAAUAAUCUGUUAGCUUGUGUAGUACAUGUUUAUUACUUAUGUGUUUAUUUACUGAAUAAAUCAAUACUUUUG